GCCCAACUUAGAGAAACUUGACACAGUUGGAAUGGUUCCAAUAACCUACCUUGCAAAAGGCUUCGUGUUCACAGAAUUUCUUUUGUGAAAACCACAAGCAAAGUGUCAGAGUUUUCCAUUCAGAUCAACAACUUCAAAUUCUUAGCAUGGAAAAUUCAGAGAAGAUCGAAGUGGUUCUCCUUGCUUGUGGUUCCUUUAAUCCUAUCACCAACAUGCAUCUCCGGCUAUUUGAGCUGGCUAAGGACUACAUGAAUGAAACAGGAAAAUAUAGAGUUAUCAAAGGCAUAAUCUCUCCUGUUGGCGAUGCAUAUAAGAAGAAAGGACUCAUCUCUGCCCGCCACCGAGUUAUCAUGGCAGAACUCGCCACCAAGAAUUCAGAAUGGGUGGAAGUUGACACCUGGGAAAGUCUUCAGAAGGAAUGGGUAGAGACCGUUAAGGUGCUAAGACACCAUCAGGAGAAACUGGAGGCUGGGAGCUGUGACCACCAGCAGGACUCACCUACACCAGGAAGGCCCGGACAGAAAAGGAAGUGGGUGGAACAAAGACAAGAUUUUAGUCAAAAGAAAUUGCUAGAGCCAAAACCAAAAGUUGUGCCAGAGGUAAAGCUGCUGUGUGGGGCAGAUUUAUUGGAGUCCUUUGCUGUUCCCAAUCUGUGGAAGAGUGAGGAUAUCACCCAAAUUGUGGGAGACUAUGGGCUCAUAUGUAUUACUCGGGCUGGAAAUGAUGCUCAGAAAUUCAUCUAUGAAUCUGAUGCACUGUGGAAACACCGGAACAACAUUCACCUGGUAAAUGAAUGGAUCACCAAUGACAUCUCAUCCACAAAGAUCCGGCGAGCCCUCAGAAGGGGCCAGAGCAUUCGCUACUUGGUACCAGACCUUGUCCAAGAAUAUAUCGAAAAGCAUGAUUUGUAUAGCUAUGAGAGUGAGGAGAAAAAUGUCGGGGUCAUCCUGGCUCCUUUGCAGAGGAAAGUUGCGGACGCUAACUCAUAAAUCCUACAGAAUGAUAUUUUGGAUUUCCAGUUUGGGAAUUUGAAACAGUCUGGGUGUUAGUAACUGGGAAGAGAAAUUGUGAUCCUGUUUCAUAAACUAAAGCUUCUUAAAAGUUUGGUAAAAAUCAGAAGUAGAUUAAAAUCACGUUUAUCAUUUUAUUGGAAAUUGCUAAGAUGAAUGUUUUCAAUAUGGUCUUUUUUCUUUUUUUUCUUUUUUAAAGAAUGUACAAAUCCUUGAAUCUUUAAAAUGGGAUUAACGGCACUAAAAUCAGAAGACAUUCAGUUUAACUACAAAUAAGAAGUCAAAAAGGACAUUUUGGUUUUACCACAUAAGAGGAACAAAGUGGGAAAAACAAGAGUCCAUUUAAAAUGCUAACUUUAAAAAAUAAAUAAAUAAAUAAAAUGCUAACUUUA